AUGAAUGAUGAAAUGUGCGCAAAGGAAGAACUGUCAAAGAUGGAAAAGUUAAAAAGAAAAGGAGAAGGAGACAAUACGGACAACAACGAUGAUGGUGAAAAAUUUACGAAUGAGGGAAAUUUGCCCUAUUCGAAUUAUUACGAGCAAGGAAAUGACGACGAAGAGGAGGAGGAUGAUGAGGAUGAGGACGCACCAUACAAUUUGGGAAAUCCAGUAAAUCGAAACAUAAGAACAGAUGCUGUAUUCAAUGAGGGAAGUGUGUACCAUAGAACGUUUAAUAACGGCUAUGCAUAUGUAAAAGAUUUAACCAACCUAAAUGAGAAUGCAAGAGGAGGCAUGUAUGAAAAGAGUGUCCGUGUUGUUGAAGCAGGGAACAAGGACGGAACAGACUUCGACUCUAAUCUAAACGAAUCAUUAAUGAAACUGUUCAGCAUGAAGUGUAAUGUGCAAGAGGAGAAAGUACAGGAUAGAGAGAUCAACUCGUAUAAGAAAAUUUUAAAAAAUAAUUCGAAUGCAGAUUUGAGCGAAGCAGUUACGAUGUAUGCGGAGAAUGCAAGUGGCCAAAAUGGCUUAGGUCAAGUAUCCACAGAUGAGCUCCUCCAUAAGGACAAACAAAAGCACUGCGCUGAGAUGAGUAGCGGUGAUUUUGUUAAGGGGUACAACGAAUCGUCUAGUGCUUACCAAGAAAGAGGAAACAACGGGGUAACCCAUUUUGUGGAGCAUAAAAAAGUAUACGAUGGUGGAAGCGGCCAUUUUGAAGACCCUCUGAGGGAAAAGAAAAAACAUCUACCGAAGCGUACAAUGGACGGCGCACCGAGUUGUGUUGAAUACGACUCAGGUGAUGGUAACGGAGAAACGCUUUACUGCGUAGAUAACGGGAAUAGAUCCCGUGGCUCCAAUGAAUCCGUGGAGGGGACACAACUCAUGGCUAAUGAGGAAGAGCAAUAUUUCAGUAGCGACAUUGCGAAGAAAAUUCUGGAUAAUAUGGACCUGGUGUACACACUCAAUAGAGAGACACUCUCUGGUGACGGUGCUAAUGACGAAGGAGACGAAUUCAAAAUGGGGCUCCUCAGCAAGUACAACAAUGUGAAUUAUGUAAAGAAUGUAAUUCAGGAUUUGAAUAAACUUCGUGCAGAGGAUCCGAGUGGGGAGAAUGGUAGUCGAGUAGAGAGAAGCAUGGGCAUCAGCUUUGGCGUCAACAUGGGAAGUAUUGCGGAAGGUUCUGAGGCGAAUACCAACCAUGAUGAAAAUUACAAGAAGGUUGUCAGCGUAGAUAUAAAUAGCGCUAGCGAUUCGCGCAGCAUGCUCAUUCCUAGUGGUGCCAAGAUGAACGCGGUAGUAAACAAACGAGGAAAUAAGAAGCAGACCAUACUGACGAAGAACAAGGAAAACAUUGUUGUGGGGGAUGAUGAAGAGGAGGGAAAUUACUCAAAGGGGAUGUACAUCAUGCAUGAAAAUAACUCCCCGAAGGUGGCACUAAAUAGUAAUAAAAUCAGCCCAGGCCAUGAUCGCACCCAAGGUGGCAGCCAAGUGUCCGGGUCAAGUACCUCUAACGAAGCUAAUCUUCAGAAGCAUGGCGAAUGCAUAAGGAAGGGGAGCUCAUCUAUGAAUAAUUACGACUACUGCAGUUAUGCAGUUAACAGCACAGGGAACCCUAUCGAAUUCAUGAAAUCACAACAGAAGUAUUCUAGCGGGGCAGGAGAGCAUAAAUACCAAGUGGGUCAUAACAACAAUAGUAGUAGCAGUUGUAGUAACCCCACCUACCUCAUAAGUGGCGGCAAAAUGGGGAAGAAUAAAACCGAGUCUCACGAAAACAAUGACAGUUAUCAGAAUGAUGAAUACCCAGAGAGGGAGAGUAACCUGAUGAGUGUUGGUCACAACGAGGAAGAAGCAGCAGCUUUCUCCAAUUAUAACAUUGCCAUGGUUAAGAAGACAAAUAAAGAUCGAGAAAAUUCGCCCAAUGUAUUCUCCGUUAACAGUGCAAUCUCUAAUUUGUGUGGACUUGUACAAGGCAGUAAUAAAAAAAAUCAUGACACAAAAACGGGUACCAAAUUGGUUAAUAUAAAUUAUGAGGGGAGGGCAGUCAGCAACAACCAAGGUGGCAACAACUAUCACGGGAUGUACACAAAGGAGGGGAUUGACACGAGACGAGCAAAUGAAGCGGUCCAAUAUAACUGUGAUGAAAACUAUAGCAAGGAAGUUCCCCCAAAGGUGAAUUACCGAGGUAUGUUUUCAUCACGUAUUCGAAAUGUGAAAGGAGAAAAAUACAGCUACUUGAAACAGUCCAACGAAUGUUCUAAUAUUGCCAAUGUAAGCUCAGAUGCUCAUGUUGAAACGAAUGGUGAAGAUGGAGGAAGCUACACGAAGAAAAGAAACGAGUUGGCUAAUUUCGAAAUGAAGGAUCCGCAUAGAUACCAAGGGGGCAAAUCUCAGAAGGAAGAAUUGAUCGAUGCUGGAAAUACCAAGGGGGAUAACAUUUUUGACGAAUAUGAUGAAAGAAGCGAUGUGGAUUACUCCGACCAGCAGCACAAUCAUCAUGGUCAGGAAAAUCCAUCACGCGAAUUUCGCCAAUCUGGUCAAUCUCGACAGUCGCACCAAGUAGAUAUGUUGAGAAACCUCCCACCAGAGUCAUCCCGCAGUGGUGGCACGCGAAAUAACGCCCAAACCCGAUACGUGCAUGAACGGUACAGCCAUAACAGCGAAGGAGAAGUGGAGGAGGUGUACGAAGUGGAAGCAGAGGAUAAUUCUCACGUGGGAGACGAUACGCAAGAGCUAAAUGACGACGAACAGAAAGAUGAACAAAAUUAUUGCAAUAAAUGGAAUGAACAUUUUAUAAGCGCGCUGAAUGAUGUUAAAAGAAAAUUGAAACAAGCUACGAAUAAAGGAGACUAUUUGAAGAGUGGCCCUUCUUCUGCACCAACGAAAGACAUAAGCAAUGUAGAGCUGGAGGUGGAUAAUUUUGCGAAGAAGAAAAAUGGCUUUUACAUGAACAACUAUGAAGAAAUAUGCAAAGCCCUCUUUAACAUAAAAAAUAACUCCAAAAUUGAUGAGGUUACAAAGAAGAAGCUGCUCAAUACGAUAGAGAGCUCCUUUUUUGGAGAUAAGAAUGGUUGCAUGCAACUGUUGCAUGAAGAAGAAGGGGACGCCAUGCAGAACGAACUGCACCAAAUGGACUACGUGGAGGUGCUAGCGGCGCAACAAGAGGUUGCAAAAGGCGGAUCAAAAGGUGGCUCCAAGUGCGGUUCAAGAAAUGGGGCAAAAGUGGGGACAAGAAAUAGCACCAAGAGACUCCCCAAGGGUGACCUCAAGAGUGGCGCGAGAAUUGUGCAGCAGAGUGACCAACGCGAACGAUUGGGCCACUUCACUCAGGGAGAAAAUUUCAGAAGAAGCAGAAAAAACGAAUUCAAAGUUCAACACAAUUCCUAUGCUAUCGAUGAAAUGAGAAACGCCAAUUCGAACGAUUGUUUCGACACAAAUUCUACUUUGCAACAGAUGAUGGGCUCCCACCAGGAACACAAUUUGGGGGGCAACCCUGGUUAUGCUUAUGAUGAGAGUAAGGCGCAUUUGUACGAAAUGAAUGGAAAGAAGGACACCAAAAACUUUGGUGCUAAGGGGAGAAGAAACAAAAGAUCCAAAAGAAGCAUGAAUAUUACUGACGAAAGGGGUAGAGAAGACGAAGCGUUGCAACUGGGUGGUGAAGGUAUUAGCGAAAAGUACGAGACAUACGAGGGGGCAAGAAAUGGAAUGAGUGGUGUCGAUAACGGCAGCGCCGUGAGUAGUGCAAACAGUAGCGCUGUUAGUAGUGGAAAGAAUGAAGGAAAUUACGUAGACGAGCUAAACAGCAACAGCAUUAGCAGCGUAACACAUAACAGUUUGGUGCAAGAGGGCCUGACGAGGGGACCCUUGGGUGGUGGAACACUCAAGAGGGGAAAACGACCCAUCAAUUAUAAGGAGGAGAAUAAUGGCCACGAAGAACUGAAGAAAGUAGCCACGAGAAAGGGCGAAAUGGCCAAAGAGAUGGAUAAGUACGGAAGGGAGGUAAUCGAAAGUGUCGAUGGUCGCCUCUUUCUCUAUAGCAAUGUUGGCAGGGGUAGCAACCUCGGAAGCGGAUACGCAGCGGGUGCAGAAACGAACGGGAACACUGAAGAAUUCGCGAGCGGAAAAUUUCACCCCGAUGAGAAGAAGCAAUCUGCGCAGUACGUCAGCAUGAAGGAUGAGCCACACCCAUCUGUGGAAGCGAACAAAAGUGUAUACACAAAAAAAAGAACAGACAACGACGUGGAAGAUCUUAGUCUAGUUACCGUGAGAAACGAAUAUGACGAGGGUAGGGAAAUGUCAAGUAAUAUGAACAAGUUCAAAUCGGAUGAUAUAUUUAUUAAGAAGUAUGAUUUGACAAAUGAUGAGAAGAAGCAGAAAUUAUACUUAGCCGAUCUUAUGCGAAGUAACGAGUUGAAACAGAUUAAUGACAACUAUUUUAAGCUGAAUUCGAAUUUACCAAGUAAUCUACUAAGUACCAGUACGAGCAGCAGCUAUAGCAAUGAAAAUCUGAAGGGAAGCACCAACAACUACAGCUUGAAUGACCUCUCUUCCAAUACGUUGACAAGCAAAUUUCACUUGGAUGAAAGUAUUCCUAGCAAUAUGAAUAUGAGCUCACAAAUGCACAGAAAUAAUUACAGCUCUUAUGAGAAGAAGAAAAAAAAAACGGACAAGAGAAAUUUGGAUAGCUUGUACAACAACACACCCACGACAUACGCGACGUGCAUGAAUGAUUGCAACAGCACUACGAUGAAGUUGGUCGACCAGGAUAUCAGCAACGAUGAAAUUAUGAACCACAAGAGUAAGAAUCAUAUUUUGAAUGUGAAGGGACAGAACGACGCAGAGGGGGUAAAAGCCCUUCAGAAUGCUGCCAACAACAUGGAGUACCUCACAAAGGAAGUGAUUAAAGGAAAUAAAAAUAUUAUUAACUUGAAUAAAAAAAUGGGAGAUAAUAAGGUGCAUGGGGAGAAGAACGAGUUGUUGGUGGUUUCCGAGGGAACUCCAUUCAGCGAUGCACUUAGCAGCAACCCGAAUUUGCCCUACCAGCUGGUUGUCGACGGUUUCGAUGAUCACAGCGGGAGUCUUUCCAAUCGCGCGAGUCGCACAAAUUGCGCAAAUCAUGUCAGCAGUGCAAACCGUACGAACUGUGCUAACCUUACGAAGAACAACAGCAGUGCUAACGAUAACGCACCGUGGGAAGGCAGAAUCAACGAGCAGGUGGAGGGCGCUGCGAAGGAGUAUGCAGACAGAGUCAAUGAAAAGGAACAAGGAGAAGCGGCUAACGACUCCCAAUUUGAUGAAAAGAUCCUAUUCAAAAGUAAGAGCCACAGUGAGAAUGGAAAAUUUUUAAGCUUCUUCUUGAAAAGGAAAAUGUCCUCCUCCCUUUCGGAUCAUAAAGGAGCCGACGUGACUCACCAGUUCCCACAUAAGAUGCUGCACCCCAAUGACGUGAAGAACGAAAAUGAAUUUUUGCUGAACAGAACCAAUAGUUUGAACUUAAAUUUGGGAAGACUCUCACAGGGACAGGUGGACUAUGAUAAUAUGCACGAUGAACACAGUGGCGAUAAUAGCAGCAAGAAUCACAUAUACGAUGGUAUGGUCCGAGUUAAGGAUGAAAAAAUGUGCAACUCUAAUUUCUCUGACCCAGUUAGUAUGUCUGAGGGCUUUGGUCAGCAGCUGGUCAGCGGUGGAAUGGUGCCGAAGGGAAAGGAGGAGCAACUCGAAGGAGAGGCUGCUAAUGGAGCAAUUAGCGAAACGGUCAGCGAAACGGUCAGCGGAACGAUUAGCGGCGUGGUUAGCGGCACGGUUGGCGGAUCAGCUACCGACCAGGCUGUCGGUUUGGCGAGUGAUGCCCCAAACGAACCAUCGAACCCCACAGGAUCGAGAACAAAAAAUGAAAUUGACAUAUCCAUCUGCACGUUGGCCAACUGCCCCACACACAACCCUCAAGGGUACACAAAAAAUGUGUCAAGAAAAGGAGACGCUCAAGGAGAGGGAGGAAUGAUGAAGGAAGAAAAUGAUGAACUUAAGAGAAUCCCCGGAGUUUAUUACGACAAAAAUUCACAGAGAUGGUUUGGAGAACACAAAAUAAACGGUGUUAAAUGUGCUCAAAGUUUUGCAGUAAAAAAACAUGGAUGUGAAGAAGCAAAAAGGCUAGCAAUCGAAUGGAAAAAGGCAAGAAUAAGAGGAGAAACAACGAAAACUAGCCGACCGUCUGUAGAAGAAUUACGAAUAAAGUAUCUAUCUAUGAGCAAAAACAUGCCAAAGGUUAGAGGAGUGUGGUUCAAUUCGACUCCACAGAGAAUGGGAUGGGUAGGACAAGCAUACAAAAAAUGUAAGCGAAUUGAAAGAAUUUUUUCUGUUAAUAAAUACGGCUUCGAAGGUGCAAGAAAGCUAGCCAUUGCAUUUAGAAAUUCACAAAAACCGUCUAACGAAGAUAGCGAUGAAGACAGUUGGUCUAAGGAUGAUAAAAUGAACAUAAAAACUGGCGAAGACAACUUAAAUAACUAUGAAUACAAAAAUGAAUAUCCAGAAUCGAACGAACUUCCAAUUAAAAAUAAUAACAGCAGCAGUAGUAGCAGUAAUGAGAUUAAUCCGACCACAAUGGAAACCAAAGAUACCAGAAUUAAUCUCUGUAGAGAUGCUAUCCUGUUCAUUUUGCAUGACUUGGAAACCAUCCUUGAAUUAAACAUUCCAAUGCUCCAUAAAAAUGUGAAUAUUUACAAAAUUUGUAUAAAGCACCACUUAAAUUAUUUAACCCUGAUCAAAAGUGAGGAGCAGAUUAUUCCCUACCUGAACAUCUUUGGUGAUUAUAUUCAGAGAUGCAUUUUGCCGACUGAUUUGCCCUACGCCGAACUGUACGUGCUGAUAGACUCCCUCAUCCAUAAUGACAUUUUGCCCUCAUUUGACCACAAGGAAAACUUCUCCGAGUACUCCAUGGCGGAGGACCCCGGAAUUAUUACGCCCUCCAUGUUGCUGUGA